AUGUAUCCGGACACUUCCGCCACAGGAGAGCGACGUGCCCUGGUCAGUACUUUCUACGUAGGAGACAGAGCAGGAGAAAAUGACCAAGUUUCAGGACACAGGAAUCAAAAUGAGAUAGAUACUCUUCAAGAAGUAGGAUUAAGAUACCUUUUCCAUGAAGACCUUAUGUGCUGGCUUAUAUGGGAACAAUUUAUAAGUGAAUUAAUGAGAAAUCAGGACUUGGUAAUAAAUCUGCAAGGCAAAAAGUCUUAGUUGCCAAAACAAGGUGAUUCCCCCUGUCAGAUGUGGGCAGGAGAAUCUACUCAGGUUUCUGAAGAUGAGAAUUAUGUAAUGAAGCUUCAAGGGGAAGUUCAAAGUUCCAAUAGUAUAAAAAAUCAAGAAUUUCCAUUUAAGACCAUCUGAGAUUUCUGGAAGAAAAUAGACCUGAAAGAGUCACAGAAUUUUAAGGGUAGGUGUCAGCAAAUUGACAGAAAAAAUAAACUGUGGAGGUGUGAUCAUUGUGUUAUGAAAAGGAUCUCUCAUCACCAUGGUGAUGAUCAGGAAGCACUCAAAGGCAAGAAGUCUUAUAGCCACAAGAAUUGUGGGAAAGACUUCAUGAAGAAAUCAUCCCAGCAUCAUAUAAUCCACUCAGGAGAGCAUACCUUUGAUGAGAAUGACAAAUGCUUUAACCUUGGCUCUAAUCUUGAACUUCAUCAGAAAUUGCACUUAGGAGAGAAGCCCCAUAUAUGCAGUGAGUGUGGGAAGGGCAUCAGAUACAGCUCAGUGCUUUGCACGCAUCAAAUGUUCGCAGGGGGAAAAUGCAAUAGGAACGUUGAGUGUGGUGAUGUCAGUCAGAGCUCACUUCUGCACACUCAUCAGAGAGUCAACACAGGAGAGAAAUCCGACGCGUGUCAGGUAUGCGCUAAGAGCUUCAAUCGGAAUUAUUCUCUUCUCACUCACGAGCCCAUUCACCCAGGAGAGAAUCUACACAGGUGUGAUAGGUAUGCAAAGGGCUCCAGUCAUAUCUUAGAUCUAACCCCACCCUGUGUAGACAACACUGGAGAGAAAUUCUAGAAGCAUGAGAUAUGUGACCAGGGCUUCAACCAGAUAUCCCAACUUCAUGCCUGUCGGAGAGCCCACCCUAGAGACAAAACAUACAAAGAGGAGGCAUGUGACCAGAUAUUUAAUCAGAAUUCUGGUCCUCAUCAGGGAGUUCACACUGAAGUGAGAUCAUAUGAGUGUGAGGUCCACACUUGUGGUAAGGACUUCAGUCAGGCCUCAAAUCUUCAAGCUCAUAGAAUCCAUACUGGAGAGAAACCAUACAAAUGUGAUGUGUGGAACUUCAGCCAUAAUUCCCAUCGUCAGGCCCAUCGAGUCCACUCAGGAGAGAAGCCAUACAAAUGUGAGACAUGGGGUAAGGGCUUUCAUCCGAUUUCUCCUCUUCAUGACUAUCAACGGGUCCACACUGGAGAGAAACCCUUCAAAUGUGCUGUGUGUGGGAAGGGCUUCAGUCAGAGUUGAUAUCUUCAAGCCCAUCAGGAAGUCCAUACAGGAGUGAAGCCCUACAAGUGUGAAGUAUGUGGGAAAGCCUUCCUCUGGAACGUGUACCUUCAUGUCCAUCAGAGGAGCCACACAGGAGAGAAACCCUAUAAAUUGGGUGUCUUUGGUAAGAGCUUCAGUCAGAACUCACACCCUCAAGCCCAUACGAGAGUCCAUACUGGAGAGAAACCCUACAAUUGUUUUGUGUAUGGGAAGGGCUUUAGGAAGAGUUCAUAUCUUCAGGGUCAUCAGAGAGUACAUACAUAUGAGGUCUGACAACUAAGUUCAUGAACUUGUUGCAAGGUAUUGCUAACCUUUUUUGAUAUCAGAGGGAUUAUUCAUUAUGAAUUUGUACCAAAUGG